GCGCGGUGUGGAUGCCUUUAGCAUCUCGGCGCCUCGGAGGUUUGCUCCGGAAUCUACUUGGCUUUCUUUCCCCCUCCUUAGUCCCUCCCUCUCUCACCUCCUCGCUUGGCUUCCUUGGCUAGCUAGCUCUGCGCACUUUGGCCCUUGCUGGCAGCGGAUAAAAGGGGUCUGAGGAAAUACUAAACACGGUCAUCCCAUCGCCUGCUCUACCCUUUAAAUUCCCAGCCCGGGAGAUCUACGCACAGCCAGGUCGGGCUGAACACCCAUCCCGCCGGACAGCAGCGGAGGUUUCCGAGCGCAGUUCGGCCAAUCGCUGGCACCAGCGGGCUCCGGAACCGACGUCCACGCUCGGUCUCGGCGCUGGGAAAGUGAGGCCAGCUGCCGACAGCCACGAUGCCUGCCCACAUGCUCCAAGAGAUCUCCAGCUCCUAUGCGACCACCACCACCAUCACAGCGCCUCCCUCCGGAAGCCCGCAGAAUGGACGAGAGAAGCAGAAGACGUUGCCUCUGUACCUGGAAGAAGACAUCCGUCCUGAAAUGAAAGAAGACAUACAUGACCCCAGCUACCAGGAUGAGGAGGGGCCCCCGCCCAAGCUGGAGUACGUCUGGAGAAACAUCAUCCUCAUGGCUCUGCUGCACUUGGGGGCCCUGUAUGUCACACUGGUUCCCUCCUGCAAGGUCUACACCUGGAUCUUCGGAAUUAUAUACUAUGUCAUUAGUGCCUUGGGCAUCACGGCCGGGGCGCAUCGCCUGUGGAGCCACCGAACUUACAAGGCUCGGCUGCCCCUGAGGCUCUUCCUCAUCAUUGCCAACACCAUGGCUUUCCAGAAUGAUGUGUAUGAAUGGGCCCGAGAUCACCGCGCCCACCACAAGUUCUCAGAAACACACGCCGACCCUCACAAUUCCCGGCGUGGCUUUUUCUUCUCUCACAUCGGCUGGCUGCUUGUGCGCAAACACCCGGCUGUCAAAGAGAAGGGUGGAAAACUGGACAUGUCUGACCUCAAAGCUGAGAAGCUGGUCAUGUUCCAGAGGAGAUACUACAAGCCUGGCCUCCUGCUCAUGUGCUUCAUCCUGCCCACACUGGUGCCCUGGUAUUACUGGGGUGAAACUUUCGUGAACAGCUUGUUCGUCAGCACCUUAUUGCGAUACACUUUGGUGCUCAAUGCCACCUGGCUGGUGAACAGUGCCGCUCACCUCUAUGGAUCGCCCUACGACAAGAACAUUGAAUCGCGAGAGAAUAUCCUGGUUUCCCUGGGUGCCGUGGGCGAGGGCUUCCACAACUACCACCACGCCUUCCCCUAUGACUACUCUGCCAGUGAGUACCGCUGGCACAUCAACCUCACCACGUUCUUCAUUGACUGCAUGGCUGCCCUGGGCCUGGCUUAUGACCGGAAGAAAGUAUCCAAGGCCGCUGUCUUAGCCAGGAUUAAAAGAACUGGAGAUGGGAGCCAUAAGAGUAGCUGAGUCUGGGCUCCUGAGUUCCCAUUCCAAGAGUGAUAUGGGCAGAGAUAUAAUAUUCUGUUGAUUAACUACAGGAUAAUGCUACCAGAAUGCUAAUGACGUAUUUAACCCAUUCCAGUACAGUAUUCUUUAAGAUGAGAAAGCUUUGAUCACGUUUUGAGGUAAUACACAUUUUAAUUAGCUAGGAUUAACCAUGCCACAGUAUGUAUACUUCUAAACAUAUACACAAUAAAUGCAUAUAUAACUUUA